AUGAAGCUCACUUCUCUUGCUCUAUGUGGUGCUGCACUGCAGCUUGCCCAGGCCAGCCCGGUUACCAAGCGUGCUGGUGAUGUCUCUGAUGCCGACAUCCUCAAUUAUGCCCUGACUCUGGAGCACCUCGAGGCCUCAUUCUACGAGGAGGGUCUGAAGAACUACACCAAGCAGGACUUCAUGGACGCCGGGAUGGCGGAGACCUUCUACAACAAUAUCAAGUCGGUCGGAAUGGACGAGAAGUCCCACGAGCAGUUCCUCACCCAGGCUUUGACUAAGGCCGGCGCAAAGCCCGUCGCCCGAUGCAACUACUCCUUCCCUUCCACCGACGUCAAGAGCUUCCUUGCUCUCGGUAACAUCCUCGAGGGCGUCGGCGUCUCUGCCUACCUCGGUGCCGCCGCAUCCAUCAUGGACAAGACCUACCUCACCGCAGCAGGAAGCAUUCUGACCGUGGAAGCGCGGCACAGCGCAUACCUGCGCGCAGCGCUCGGCGAGGCCCCCUCCGCACAACCCUUCGACAACCCUCUCGAUUUCAACGAGGUGUACACCGUCGCCUCACCCUUUAUCGUGUCUUGCCCUGAUAGAAAUGAGCAGCUCCCUGUCAAGGCGUUCCCGUCUCUCAUGAUGAGUUCCAUGGACAUGGAUGCUGUUCUGACGGGGCAGAAGGUUGAGCUUGCGGUUGGUGAUGGGCUCAAGGAUAUGAAUGCGAUGGAUGUCCAUGCGGCGUUUGUGACUGUUACUGGACCUGUCUGGGCGGAUGUUAUGUCCUCUGGCCAGGGGAAGUAUACUGUUACGGUUCCUAAGGGUGUUGCUGGGCAGAGUUAUGUUGUUCUCACGAACGGGGAUAAGCAGGUGUCGGAUGACAACAUUCUUGCUGGACCGGCUAUCAUCGAGGUUGGGCCGAAGAUGAAGCUUGGUGGUGGGCUUGGUGGUGGUUGUGGUGGCGGUAGUAGCAGUAUGUCGAUGCCGUCUGGUGGUACGCCUUCGCCUACCAUGUCCUGGGGCAUGGGGUCGCCUUCCAGCUGGAGUGGCAUGCCUACAUCCUCAAUGACUGGCUCUGCUACUGCAACUCCCCCCGUCUUCACUGGAGGAGCGAGCGCAAUGGCGUCCAGCAGCAUUGGUGGCGUUGCGGGUGCUUUGAUGGCUGUUGCUGGGUUCUUCCUGUAG